CGCGAGAGUUCGUUAGGAAGGUCGACCUCUGUACCGCUUUUGUUAAGUUUUCUUCACUCUUCCUUACGCCAGAAUUUAUCACUCCAAAAAGUUUGCCCCCCACCUAACGAAGCACCUGCUUGACCAUGUCUUAUCAAAGUAUCGACUAUCUUGCUAACUUGAAUCUCGAGUUUGCGGACUCGUUCGGCUCCCCAAACCCCGUCACUGGCCAGACCGAUUUGGCCCUCUUUACAGAUGCCAACUUCUUUGAUUUUGAAGUGAGCUCCGAUGGCUUUGAGCAGAAACCAGUGUUUGCGUCGCCGACGGGUGCCUCUGCGGCGGAGACCCAGUUCAUUCAACAGCAGCAGGUUACCAUGAACUUGGAAAAAGAGUUGUUGAACCUCUCCAGCUACCAACCAGUCAGCGUCAAGCUCGAGGAGGAGUACGAUUCGUUCCCUCAGGGUAUGCUUCCGCCGGCCGCGGUCACCACCGAGGUGCAUGCCUCCGAAACCGACAAGCGCAGAAGGAACACCGCGGCCUCCGCCCGCUUCCGUGUGAAGAAGAAGAUCAGAGAGCAGGAGAUUGAAAAGCAAAGCCAGGCAUUGGCUGAGAAGGUGAGAUUCUUGGAGUUGAGAGUCAAGACCCUCGAAAUGGAAAACAAGUGCUUGAAGAGCUUGAUUGUGGAGAAAAAUGAAAAGAAGAACAAUCAGCUUGUCGAGGAUAUCAAGAGAAGAUCCGGUUUGUAACCCUCUUUGAUAGAUUAGACUUGUAUCUUUUUUCCCGAAGCACUUGUUUCUCAUGCUUUUUUAUUUCCCUCUUGUGCCAACCAUCUGGAUAUGUUCAACACAAUAUCACGACUUUACGACUUUAUUAUAUUUCGUUCUUUUUCUUCGCUUCUACAACUUUUUUUUUUCAUCUCACCAUUUUAUUCAACAGUUUCGGUUAUUUAUAUACAACAUUUUGGUAAUGUU